GCCUCUACUCUUUGAUCGCCGGCUGACGACCAUGGCCGCCAAAGUGAAGAUGCCUUCGGACGCUCCGCCCAAGACGACGUGGUGGCGAGACGCCAUCAUCUAUCAGAUUUGGCCAAAGUCGUUCUACAGCGCCAAUGGCGGAUCCACGGGUGACAUCAAUGGAAUCAUCUCGAAGCUCGACUACAUCAAAUCGCUCGGGGCUAAUACCGUCUGGCUCUCGCCCCACUAUGCAUCGCCGAACAUCGAUGAGGGCUACGACAUCAGUGACUACGAAUCCAUCAACCCAGACUACGGCACCGUUGAAGACGCCGAGCGAUUAAUUCGCGAAUGUCACCAACGAGGACUGCGAAUCAUCUUCGACCUGGUCAUCAACCAUACGUCGGACCAGCACAAGUGGUUCCAGGAAUCCAGGUCGUCCAAGGACAAUCCGAAGCGAGACUGGUACAUCUGGCGUCCAGCAAAGUACGAUGAACAGGGAAAUCGUCAGCCUCCCAACAACUGGAGCAGCUGCUUCUCGCAAUCGGCCUGGACGUGGGACGAAAAGACCCAGGAGUACUACUUGCACCUCUUUGCGAUCGAGCAGCCGGACCUGAACUGGUCUAACGACGAGUGCAGACACACCAUCUACAAAUCGGCUAUGGAGUUCUGGCUCGAGAGGGGCGUCAAUGGCUUCCGAGUCGACACUGUCAACAUGUACUCCAAGCCGAUGGACUUUCCAGAUGCGCCAAUCCAGGACAAGACUAAGUUCAUCCAGAACGCGUCGAGCCUCUUCUGCAAUGGUCCGAGGAUGCACGAGUACCUGACCGAAAUGGGCGAGAUCCUGGAUCGCUACGACGCCAUGACCGUCGGGGAGCUUCCGUGCACGCCCGAGACAGCUGACGUAUUACGUUACGUCUCGCUGUCCAGCUCAGAGCUCUCGAUGGUGUUCCAAUUCGACAUUGUGGACCUGGAUAGGUCACCCUCGGACCUCUUCGUGGAUGUCGGAUUUAAUCUGAAUAUCUUCAAGGACAUAACAAACAAGUGGCAGACUUUCAUCGACGGAAACGACGGUUGGACCACUGUGUUCCUAGAGAACCAUGACCAAGGUCGAAGCAUCAGUCGAUACGCAGACGAUUCGCCAAAGAAUCGAGUCGCAAGCGCAAAGAUGCUGGCCACGUACCUCGCCACGCUUUCGGGAACACCUUUCAUCUAUCAAGGGCAAGAGUUGGGUAUGAGCAACGUGCCAUCGAGCUGGCAAGCGAACGAGUACAAGGAUCUCAAUACAAUCAACUACCUUGCCGAAAAGCGAGAGGGGGGUGCCGGUGAGAAAGAGUUGGCAAAGAUGCUUGCAACAGGUAUCAACAAGCUCGCGAGAGACAAUGCCAGAACACCCGUACAAUGGACAAGCGGGCCUAACGCAGGAUUCACAAAAGAGGGCGUCCAACCCUGGAUGCGGAUCAACGAUAAUUUCAAGCAGAUCAACGCAGAAGACCAGCUGCAGAAGGAAGACAGCGUCUUGGCGUACUACAAGCGCAUUUUGGCUCUGCGCAAAGAGCACAGUGACCUUUUCACCCAUGGUCGCUUCCUUCUCUGCCCCACACAGGAGGAAGGUAUCUUUGCCUUUAUCAAGCGAGACCGUCGUUCAGAGUCAAAGCUGGCCCUCGUCGUCCUCAACUUUUCCGACAAGGUGGUCAAUUUUACGGUGCCGCAGGAAGCACAGUUGGUCAAGCUCACGCUGGCAAUCGAAACGCAUGAGACGUCCAGCACGGACGAACUCGAGCCCUUCGGAGCGAAGGUCUUCUUGUCCGUUUAAGUUCUCCUCCCGUUUCCCUGGCACCUUUUCUCGUUUGCUGCUUCUCUUCGUCGUGCAUCUUCAAAUUUGUCUUUAGGAGUCCCAAGCAUAGAAUUACAAUGGAAUGGAAUAGUUC